AGAUAUUACAUUAUUGGCUUAUUACAUUUUAAAAAUGGUAAAUUUAUUACGUUAUCAGCUUUUAUUACGUUAUCGUUGUUCUUCCAUUCUUGGCUUCUACAAGGGGCUUUUAUUGUGUAAAUGUGAACUUCCAUGAAUGUGUGUCAGUUUCUACAACAUUCUACUUGUCUUUUUUCUUUUGUUCUUGUUCUAAUUCCAUAAACAGAAGACAAAAUGAGCGUCAUUAGCCUUAGUUUGGACAACAGUUUGAACUUUUCAGCUGAACGUUCACCUACACACACUGAAACUGUCCUGUUUAGUCAGACUGAAGCAGAGUUGAUCUGCUUUGUUUUCACUUCAUUUCCUCCUUCCUUUCACCACCAGCUCCUCUUUUCAUGCCUUCGUCUGAACAUGAUCUGAAUAUUGUCAUGAAAAAGGAGCUUUAAACACACCCUCCACAGGGUUCAUUAUUGAUCCAUAGUGUUCUUUCUACAGCGGUCACUGACCUUUACAAGGCUCAGAAAUGUAGUUCAUGUCCAUUUGAACAGGCCACAGUUGACCUGAUUCAUGUAAAAUGUCCUUUUUAAUCUGGGGUUGGUGAAACUAAUGAGGGGACAGUAUCUUCAAACCAGGAUCCACAGCAGCUCCACUCCGUCCUCACAUGACCUCCACUCCUCCCCUGUAGAUCUGACAGUUUACAGGUGGGCGGAGCCAACAGGAGGCGGCUCCAGACAGCAGACAGGAAACACCGCCCAUGUUGAACAGAUCACAGCUCAAAGUGCUUUCACUCAAAACAAAACUCAACCAGUCGUCGAGACACGAAGCAGAAAUGGAGCAGAAAGGAGCUGAGCUGGAUCAGGAAAAUAUUUCCUGUUCCAUCUGUUUGGAUCUACUGAAGGUUCCGGUGACUAUUCCCUGUGGACACAGUUACUGUAUGAGCUGUAUUCAAACCCACUGGGAUGGAGAGGACGGGAAGAACCUCCACAGCUGCCCUCAGUGCAGACACACCUUCAUACCCAGGCCUGUCCUGGUCAAAAACACCCUGUUGGCAGAUUUAGUGGAACAGCUGAAGAAGACUGGACUUGGAGCUGCUGCAGCUGAUCACUGCUACGCUGGAGCUGAAGAUGUGGUCUGUGAUUUCUGCACUGGGAGGAAACUGAAAGCUGUCAAGUCCUGUCUGGUGUGUUUGGUCUCCUACUGCCACAAACACCUUCAGCCUCAUUAUGAAUCUGCCGCCUUUAAGAAACACAAGCUGGUGGAUCCGUCGGAGAAGCUCCAGGAGAACAUCUGCUCUGGUCACAAUGAGGUGAUGAAGAUGUUCUGCCGCACCGACGGUCAGUGUAUCUGUUAUCUGUGCUCUGUAGAUGAACAUAAAGGCCACGACACAGUGUCAUCUGCAGCAGAAAGGACUGAGAGGCAGAAGGAGCUGGAGCUGAGUCGACAGAAAAUCCAGCAAAGAAUGAAAGACAAACAGAAAGAUGUGAAGGUGCUUCAACAGGAGGCGGAGAACAUCAGUCGCUGCGCUGACGAAGCGGUGGAGAAGAACCGCAAGAUCCUGAGCGAGCUGAUCCAACUCCUGGAGGAAAGAAGGAGCGAUGUGGAGCGGCAGAUCAGAUCCAAGGAGGAAACGGAAGUGAGUCGAGUCAAAGAGCUGGAGCGGAAGCUGGAGCAGGAGAUGACUGAGCUGAGGAGGAAAGACGCUGAGAUGGACAAACUGGCACAAACACACGACCACAACCAGUUUUUACUCCAGUAUCCAUCAGUGUCCACACUCAGAGAAGAUCCAGACUCAUCCCACGUCCACGUCCGUCCUCAGAGUUACUUUGAGGAUGUGACCACAGCUGUGUCAGAGCUCAGAGAGAAACUCCAGCUCAGUCUGACAGAAGAAUGGACCAACAUCUCACUGAGCAUCAGUCAAACACAGGUUCUACUAGAACCAGAACCACAGACCAGAGCAGGAUUCUUACUAGAACCAGAACCACAGACCAGAGCAGGAUUCUUACAAUAUUCACGUCAAAUCACACUGGAUCCAAACACAGUGAAUGAAGAUCUGUCACUGUCUGAGGAGAAUAGAAGAGGAACACGUAUGAGUCAAACACAGAACUAUCCUGAUCAUCCAGACAGAUUCAGUGACUGGUCUCAGGUCCUGAGCAGAGAGAGUCUGACUGGUCGAUGUUACUGGGAGGUGGAGUGGAAGGGGAGGGGUGUUGUGGUUGCAGUCGCAUAUAAGGAUAUUCAGAGAAAAGGAGGCUCUGAUGAAUGUCUAUUUGGAUACAAUGACAAAUCUUGGUCUUUAUAUUCUAACAAUAACUCUCCUUACUUUCGUCAUAACAGAGUCAGUUCUUCUGUCCCAGGUCCACUUUCCUCCAGAAUCGGAGUCUACCUGGAUCACACAGCAGGUAUUCUGUCCUUCUACAGCGUCUCUGAAACCAUGACUCUGAUCCACAGAGUCCAGACCACAUUCACUAAACCUCUGUACGCUGGACUUUGUCUUUGGCUUGUUGGAGACACCGCCCACUUUCCUAAACUCCAUUAAACUCAUCGCUGACUUUGAUCCAGUCGAUCAGAUCAGUCUUUUCGUAUCUGUCUCUAAAUCACACCACACAAAAACAGAUCAACUUUUGAUUUUUCCCUGAACUCACAAUCCAGACUUGGUCCCAUUCAGACUUUUUUGUGAGGAUUCUAAUAGUCCAGUGUGUGUGAGUGUCAACCAGCCAAUAGUGUGUUUGUAGACCCAUCUGUGAUGUUCACACAGCUGUCAUCAACUGAGGAGCACACAACCAGACUGAUGGUGUCUGUGCUUUGGAGGAAGUCCAACAAAGUGGAGCCGUUUUUCUCCUUUGGACCAGUUGAGUUCAAAUCCACUGUUCCUUCCUGUUUCCUACAGAAGAAGUGUGGACUGACCAGGCUCAGUCAUGUGACUGGAAUGGCUUUCAGAUCAUACUGGAACCUGAUGGGUUCACUUCCAAAUCCACGGACGUGGAUUUGGAGACCACGAUAGAAGCGGAGAUGGUGAACCGACUCAGACUGAGGCUGAGCUCAUGCACGGAAACCUGUUCAUCUGAUUGAGUUCAUUCUGUUCCAUCUGAGCAUGUGCGAGAAAAGAGAACUGAGACAAAACACAAGUGAUUUAGUCAAACAUGAGCUGAAGACCAGAACAGGAAGUUGGAUUCUAUCGUCACUACGUAUGUACAAACCCCCAAAGAAAUCCAAUAAUGGACUGAAACACGGAAACAGGGUUUUUCCAUGAUUUGUGAAGUGCAUGUAAACGCAUCAUAUCUGAUUCUUCCAUUUAUCUGAUUAUUAAGAGUUAUUGUUUUUUUAUGGUCGUGUAAACGGGCUGAAAAUGUUGGAUGAUCCAGUUCAAUAGACAGAUGUCCACCAUCUGAGAAUAGAAUAGAAUAGAAUAGAAUAGAAUAGAAUAGAAUAGAAUAGAAUAGAAUAGAAUAGAAUGUCUUUAUUGUCAUUGUACAGGUACAACGAAAUCAAAAACUGCAAUUGUCCUAGGUGGCAUAAAAAAAGUAUAAAUAAUGUAUAUAAAAGAGUAUAAAAAACUAAAAUAUAAAAGGAAAACCCUGAUGGCAUAAAUAUCUAAAAAGUAGCAUAAAAAAAAGAGUGUUACUAAAAGUAUAAAAGACACAUAAAACAUCAUCAGAGUAUAUGAUGAUGUUUUAUGUGUCUUUUAUACUUUUAGUAACACUUUUUUUAUGCUACUUUUUAGAAAAUGGACACAUUUGUCCUUAAAGUCUGAGGUGUGACUUAGUUCAAUAACGUAGAAAAUACUGAUGUUGUAAAUAUGAGCAGAUGUAAUAUUAGCAGAAUUAUCAGUCAUCACAUAAUGGGGAAGUUUAUGGAAAAAUGUUGAUUUGUGUUGAUUUGUAAAGCCUGAUGUGACGUCCAUUCAGUGGAAGCUGCACCAGUUGGUUCCAUUAUAGAUGGAAAACUGAUCCACUGAAGGUUUAGACCAGGGCUGUCAAACAUGCGGCCCAGGGGCCAAAUGCAGCCCGCCAAAGGGUCCAGACUGGCCCCUGGGAUGGUUUUACCAAGUGGAAAAAUUCCACAGUCUUGAAUUGAAUUAUCCAAAAAAAAAUUUAGCUUGAAUUAAGAAAAAAUCUUGAAUUAAGCCAAAAAAAAAAAAAAAAUCUUCAAUUAAGUGAAAAUAAAA